GGCUACCAAAGCUGACAUUAAUUUUUCCUUCAAGCUUGGUAGCAGCAAUGAAGUAAACAGCCAUGUGCAUUCCUCUACUCUAUAUUUAACUACAGCGGUUUGUGCAGGAGAGGUCUGCAAGAGGAAGGAAUUGUGGUUCUUUAUAGAAGCUCCUGGCUUGGGGGAGAGAGAGCAGCUAUCUGAGUGGGGUGUCCCUGGCUCAUCUUGGGCAGAGGGCCUUUCUCUUUGUGAGCCAAUCCAAGGCCAUCAUGCCAGCCUCUCAAAGCAGGUCCCGGGCACGGGACCGAAAUAAUGUUCUGAACAGGGCUGAAUUCCUGUCACUGAACCAGCCUUUAAAGGGGGCUCAGGAGAAUAGGAGCUCAAGCAGGAAGACGACAGGCCCAUCUGUGCAGGCCCCGCCACCGAAUGAGGGGUCCAAGGAGCGGAGGCAGUCCCAGCAGCUGCCCGAAGAGGACUGCAUGCAGCUAAACCCAUCCUUCAAGGGAAUUGCAUUCAACUCCUUGCUGGCUAUUGACAUCUGUAUGUCCAAGAGGCUGGGUGUCUGUGCCAACCGAGCUGCCUCCUGGGGCAGUGCCCGCUCUAUGGUCAAACUCAUUGGGAUCACAGGGCAUGGGAUCCCUUGGAUUGGGGGCACCAUUAUCUGCCUGGUGAAGAGCAGCACUCUUGCAGGGCAAGAGGUCCUAAUGAAUCUGCUGCUGGGGGUUUAUAUCUGUGAUUUCAAACUUCCUGACAUACCUGCUCUGCUCUUGGAUAUCAUGACUGUGGCUGGAAUGCAGAAGCUCAUCAAACGACGAGGCCCUUAUGACAUGAGCCCAGGCCUCCUAGACUACCUCACCAUGGACAUCUAUGCCUUCCCAGCUGGCCAUGCCAGUCGAGCUGCCAUGAUAUCCAAGUUCUUCCUCAACCACCUUGUGCUGGCCGUCCCCUUGAGGAUCCUUUUGGUGCUCUGGGCCUUCUGUGUGGGCUUGUCAAGGGUUAUGAUUGGGCGGCAUCACAUCACUGAUGUGGUCUCUGGCUUCGUUAUUGGCUACUUCCAAUUCAAACUGGUGGAGCUGGUCUGGAUGUCCUCUAACACCUGCCAGAUGUUGAUAUCCAUCUGGUGAACAGCACUGUUGCACCUUGACCUUUUCAAGAGAGAUGAAGAAUAGAAAACAACCCUUCAGUGAAAAGGAGUUGGAGCCCUUCUGCCUUGAAUAUAUUAUUAGAUCCCCGUUUUAUUUCCCUGUCAUGUUUGGUGGCCAGUAUCCACAGGUUAUCCCAGCCAUAAUCUGGGGGCAGAGGUUCUUGAGAAAUACCAAUUUCCCCACCUUUCCCCAAAAUACCUAGAGUUACUUUGGCUUUCCCUCAUCAUCUCAAACCCAGUGGAGUUUCAACAUGUCAGAAUCAAUAUUGCUAAGCUCCUGCUUAUAGAGAUGUCAGAGCAAAAGUCAAGCAGAAAAGUAGGUGGUUUCUGGUAUUCACCUUUUGUUGUUACUGUGGUCAAGUUUUUGGCAGGUGCCUGUAAAUCUCAGGCCCCAAUCCUCCAAGAAAGGUCCCAUCAUCCUCUUUUGAUGUGUGGGCCUGACCAUCAGCACUCACCAUAGAUGGAUACUCAAGCCAGCACUGGAGCUCAGGCAUUUGGCGAGCCAGCUAGAGAAGCUCUUUUCUGCAAGCCCAGUCUCCAGCUGGCUUUUCCUGGGGCGCUCCUGCAUCCUGGCAUUUGAGAAGGCCAGUGCUAGCCCACCCUGCUGUACUCAGAAAGUUAGACUAGACAAAGCACUGGCCAGCGUCCAGUAGUAUCCAGCGCUGCUUUGGCCCCCAGGGGCCGGAUUCUGUGUGACCUAAUAGGUCUUUUCCAAGUCAAACUUGUAUAAUUCUGUAUUUCAUGUGACAAUAUAUACAAUAUGCAAAUGA